GACUCCAGACUCCUGCAGGUAGACUUGACUUCACAGCAUCCGCUUUGGCGUGUACAUCUGGAGGACCACACGCUUCUCUUCUCGGAGCCGCUCAAUGCCUGUGCGCACCCCAGACCCCAGCAAGGGAAGAAGGGAGAAGGUUCUCGGAUGACAAUGGACGUUCCACUGUGCAGGAUGAGGGCAGAGUGUGUGACAUCACCACCACGAGGGUGCAAUGUGAUCUUGGGCAUCUCCCUUCCUGGCCAGCACUCUGCCUCCUCUAUCCAUCAUGGUGUUUGGUGAGUUUUUCCAUCACCCUGGACAAGACGAGGAACUUGUCAACCUGAACGUGGGGGGCUUUAAACAGUCUGUGGACCAGAGUACCCUCCUGCGGUUCCCUCACACGAGGCUGGGGAAGCUGCUGACCUGCCAUUCUGAGGAGGCCAUCCUGGAGCUGUGCGAUGACUACAGCGUGGCCGACAAAGAGUACUAUUUUGAUCGGAACCCCUCCCUGUUCAGAUACGUCUUGAACUUUUACUACACGGGGAAGCUGCACGUCAUGGAGGAGCUGUGCGUGUUCUCCUUCUGCCAGGAGAUCGAGUACUGGGGUAUCAACGAGCUCUUCAUUGACUUCUGCUGCAGCAGCCGGUACCAGGAGCGGAAGGAAGAAAGCCAUGACAAGGACUGGGACCAGAAAAGCAACGAUGUGAGCACGGACUCCUCCUUCGAAGAAUCCUCUCUCUUUGAGAAAGAGCUGGAGAAGUUUGACGAGCUGAGGUUUGGCCAGCUCCGAAAGAAAAUCUGGAUUCGAAUGGAAAACCCAGCUUAUUGCCUGUCCGCCAAGCUAAUCGCCAUCUCCUCCUUAAGUGUGGUGCUGGCGUCUAUCGUGGCCAUGUGCGUGCACAGCAUGUCCGAAUUCCAGAAUGAGGAUGGAGAAGUGGAUGACCCUGUGCUGGAGGGAGUGGAGAUUGCAUGCAUUGCCUGGUUCACUGGUGAGCUGGCCAUCCGGCUGGUCGCUGCCCCUUCUCAAAAGAAGUUCUGGAAAAACCCUCUGAACAUCAUCGACUUCGUGUCCAUUAUUCCCUUCUAUGCUACGUUGGCUGUGGACACCAAGGAAGAAGAGAGUGAGGACAUUGAGAACAUGGGCAAGGUGGUCCAAAUCCUCCGACUCAUGAGGAUUUUUCGAAUUCUGAAGCUUGCCCGGCAUUCGGUAGGGCUUCGGUCUCUUGGGGCCACGCUGAGGCACAGUUACCAUGAGGUGGGGCUACUGCUUCUCUUCCUUUCGGUGGGUAUCUCCAUCUUCUCCGUGCUCAUCUACUCUGUGGAGAAGGGUGAACUCGCAUCCAGUCUCACCAGCAUCCCUAUCUGCUGGUUGUGGGCUACUAUCAGUAUGACCACGGUGGGCUAUGGAGACACCCAUCCGAUCACCUUAGCCGGGAAGAUCAUUGCAAGCACGUGUAUUAUCUGCGGCAUCUUGGUGGUGGCCCUUCCCAUCACCAUCAUCUUCAACAAGUUUUCCAAGUACUACCAGAAGCAGAAGGACAUGGAUGUGGACCAGUGCAGUGAGGACCCACCGGGAAAGUGCCCCGAGCUACCUUACUUUAACAUCAGGGACGUUUAUGCACAGCAAGUCCAUGCCUUCAUUACCAGUCUGUCUUCCAUUGGCAUCGUGGUCAGCGAGCCUGACUCCACAGACGCUUCUAGCAUCGAAGACAAUGAGGAUGUUUACAAUACCGCAUCCCUGGAGAACUCUACCGCAAAGUGAGCAGGGGCAUUUGCACCGAUAUCUUGUGUCCCUUCCUGACAUUAGGUUAACACAGCUUUAUAAACCUUAAUGGGUUUGUUCAAAUAAAUCAUUUAAUUCUCAGGGUGUACCUUUUAGCCAUAGUUGGACAUUCAUUGCUGAAUUCUGAACUGAUAGAAAUUAUCUUUAUUUUUCUCAAGUGAGGUCAAUUAAAUGCCUUGUUCUGAAAUUUAUUUUUUACAAGAGAGAGUUGUAAUAUGUUUUUUUUGGGGAAAAGAGUAAAUGAUAUUGGGAAGGAUUUAUUGCUACGGCUUAUGCAACAUUCUGUACUUACCAUUCACUCACAUUGAGCUAACUCUAAAUUACUGACGAUAGAGCAGAGGCCCAGCUGACUGAAGACAACAUGCAUGUAAGAUCUACAACAUGAGACAAU